AUGUUGAGCUAUAGGCUAAAGAGAGAGCGGAAGGCGCGGACUUUCCGACGAAAACGCGACUCCAUCCCCUGGCUCACAAACGCGUGGCCCCGUUCGUUCUUCGCCCACCAUUCUCUGACGGGGAAAGAUGACGUGCCAGCUGUUGAAGCAAGAAAUCAGAUCAGUGGCUUUCAAGAUAGGCUAACUAACUUUUUGCAAGAGUCCACAGAUCUAGGUUUUCCGAGUGAGGCUGAUGGGGUCAAGAGGUACUGCGGGAACACCAGCCUCAAGGAUAUUGAAGCUGGCGUUGGAGAUGCUGGGACAAGGAGAGCUUUAUGGAUCGAUGAUCGGAAGAACAACAUUCUAUCUGGCUGCGGAACUCCGAGGCUUUCCAAUGGUUGGAUGACCGCGGCUGAGGGUUUAAGAUACUUGGGUCAACCUAGGUACAGCCUUGGGCAAGAGCCAGAUGCGGAGCGGCGUCUUGUGUGCGUCGUUGACUUGACUCCCGACUUCAUAUGUGCUUUAGCUGCUACCGCCCCAUUUCAUCAUGUCCCGGUCCUUCGCGAUGCGAUGUGCAAGCACGUUGGCUUUAAGCCUUCAAUAAUGGUCCAUAUUUCUUCGGAUGGAAUGUCUAAAUUUCAGAUGGAAUUCCAUCUGCCCUUCUUUGCUCUAAGGAAAUCUCCUCGCCCAGAGGACUCUCACAAAAAACGCUCCAUACAUAGUAUGCGGAAAUGGACGGAUGUCUCGCUUACAGACGGAGAGAGUUCAGCGGCAGGAGGCCAGGAUGUGUACCGAAUCCACGAGACUCAAGUGUCAUGUGUUGUGUACGGCCACGGCGAAUGGCAGUGGACUGCUUGCGCUUUUCUAGAUAAUGCACAUGAGUCCGGGGACCUCUACGAUGACGGAGAGCUUCAUGAUGGGGAUGGCGAAGACGGGGAAGCCGUAGUGGAUCAGAAGGUGGACGGAUUUGACGAAGAUCCUAUUGCAACAGGUCUCCAUGUAAGUAAGCCAAUUUGGAGACCCCGACAAUACUUUACGAAAGCUUUGGAGGUAAAUAUCAAAGAAGUCGGUCAAGAGUGGCAAGAGCUGAUUCAUAAAAUGGAGUGCGAUAUAAUUGCAUAUAAACAAUCGCAUACAUUCACGUACUGCAGUGCAUCUCAAAACUCGAGCGAACCGUCGGAAGAAAUAAAACGCUCUUUCAAUUGGACUCUAGAGAGGAUGCAACAGCUCGGCACGUUCAUUAACGUGCUUUCGGGGACCCUCAACCAAUGGAACGCAUUUGCUUCGCCGGAUGGGGGAGAUAUCGACUACUUCUCUGACUUGCAGCAUCCUUUUCCCAGCAAAUCUCCUGAGUCCCAAGACAACUGCGCCGCUGGCAGGUCGCUUCGUGCGAUAAAGAAGACCUUUGGAAACCUGCAAAAUCUUCUCCAGAAACUUGAGUUAUUGAGAGACGACCUAAGCAGAGACUUUGAAACACUUACACUACGCCUUUCCUUGGAAGGCCGCGAUGCAAACAAGCAUGCCUCAUUUACCUCGACAUUUCUAAUUUGGGUGUUAUAUCCAAUCACGUUAACCGCAUCGAUAUUUUCUAUGCAACCGUCAGUCAUACCGUUUGGUCUCACCCCGUUUUGGUUUCUCAUCACUAUUUUUAUUCUUCUUGUCGCAAUGUGUGUCAUUUAUUGGCUUAUGAAGAAGUGGCCUUCGUGGCAAAACGAGUUUGCGGUUUGGAGGAAGACAAGACAGCACCUAGAAGAAGAAGAGCCUUCUGGCUUAGAAAGGGAAUACCGACAGUCUAUAUUGAAUAUUUUUCGCUCCAGAGCAUCGGGCGAUGAAGAAAGCCUAGGGAUGUGA